GCCAUGUUUACACUCCGAAGGUUUUAUUUUGAGAUGCUGUGAAAGUUCCUAAAAUGCAACCUUAGCGUUGUUUGAUCGAUUAUGUAAGAUGGUUCAUUGGUAACAGGAGUUAUCGACUGUCAGGGCGAGUGCAAUGAGGACCCAUCGUGGAGUGACUGUCAUAGAACAACGGAUCAUCCAAGCAAAGAAAUGGAAGAAGCAGGAGAUGAAUCUGAGUGGUUGUCACCUGAUCACUCUUCAUCCAUCCAUCAGCCAGGAACCGCUCUUGUCCAUCCUGACCCAGCUUGAACUUGGUCACAAUUUACUGCGGUCGCUACCGGAGUUUACAUGGCAGUUAUGCAACUUGGAAAAAUUGAUCUUGAAGCACAAUUUCUUGCAAGAGUUGUCCGAAGGAGUGACCAAACUCAAGAAGUUGUCUUACUUGGAUGUGUCGCACAAUGAAAUCCAAGCCAUUCCACCUGCUGUGGCUCAGUUGGACAAGUUACAGUACUUUAACCUAUCUGGGAACCAGUUAAAGUAUUUAGAUCUCAGAAUUUUGUAUUUACCGCAGCUGCGUCGGUUUUUUGUCACCAAAAAUCCGAUUGAGAACAUCCCACGCGAUGUCUUCCUUGGAGGUUUGCGUAGCCUUCGUUGUUAUUUUGACAUUCCUAUCGACAUUCCAUCUCACGAUGACAGUUUGGAUUGUUCGUUAGACUCCUCCAUUCUUGAUGAAAUCCGACAACUCAAACUCCGGCCGUUUAGUACACCGCAAUCAAAAUCAACCCACCAAUCAGAACCUAGACAGGUCCUGAAUGCAAAGCUCCGACGUUCUAUCAGUUUUAGUUGUGAAACCUUGGCAGACUCUGGUAUUUAUUCCUUGGCAUCUCUUAAUCUUGAACAGCCAGUGUCUCGGCGACUGUCACUGUCAACAAAUGACAUCGAAACUUCAUUUGGUAUUCUUCCUGAGAGAAAAACACUAGAUCAGUUCCUUGGGAGUGAGAGUGAGAGCAACUGUGGGGACCAGGGUAGUGAUGAGUCCAUGCGGGCUCUUGAGUCGGAUGGUGACAUCACCUGUUGUUCUGAUUGCCAAUGUUCAGAGGAUACAGAUGAUUCACAGUAUCAAGAAAAAGUGCUAGAGAAUGGGUGCAAAGUUCUGAAACAUAAAAAUGUGACAGUGACACUACCGCCCAAGAAUGAAAGUGGUUAUGACCUUGGUGUGUUUGAACUGGAAAUUGUGGAAGACUUGUCUUAUUCGCCUGAUACCAGUGAACGUGCCGUCCAUGCCAGUCAGGUUGUUAGUAUGGAACCUCAUGGUACAAGAUUCACAACAUCAGAUCCAGCCCUGAUUGACAUUCCAAUUACCGUCCCAGUUGACUCUGUGCGGGAAAUUGUCUGUCUUUGUAGUGAGACAUCCAUUGGAGAAUGUGUUGAUUGGAAAGAGAUGGACAGUUCAUGUUUUGAGCUGAAAGGAAACCGAGUGAUCAUACAGACUACGCAUUUUAGCUUGUUCACUAUCCUGGUGAAAAAGUCAUUUCCAGAGACACGUCAGUUGAUCAGUGCUAAUCAGGGUGGCCGUAUCAUGGUCGAGGAAGUCCCCGGGGUUGGUGUGAUCUUCCCCAGGAGGUCACUUCAUGAGGACAUAGAGGCCAGGGUGAAGGUUGUGUAUGGUGAUGAACCCUACUGCCUAGACUUCAACCACGGUGAAGAACCCAGGGCCCUCGCAACCCCUGUGGUCAUGCUUGAACCACAUGGAUGCCAAUUCAAAGCAACAAAACAUCCCGUCGUCCUGUCUCUUCCGUUGCCAGACUGUGCUCGUAUCCAGAACCACUUCGGCCAGAAUGCUGAGAGAGAUUUGACCAUCUGGUGUAGUCAGACAGCAGAAGAAGAGGAACUGGACUGGCAUGAAGUGAAGGUUUCGUACAAAGUACGGGUGGAUGGUGACAGCAACUUCUGCGUACAGAUUCCAGUGCAGCACUUCUGUUGGUAUAGAGCACUCUGGGACUCGCUGGCUUCCAAGAUGUACGAAUGCAAAAUAGGUGUAACCUACUUCUACCCGUAUAUCCAGUUCUCCAUGAUGUGCCAGGCGAUGAUGGAUGAAAACCCUGACAAUCUCUCGUUUGGUUUGGAGGUGAUCUGUUACCAUAGUGACAAGAGGUUUCCUGAGGCGGGUAACUACAGGCAUAAAGUGGGAAGCAGCUUGAAGCCGAGGAUGAUCAAGAAAGGCUCCAUUGCAAUCAGGUUGAGAUCUGAUAACUUCGAGGCCGACACAGAAAAUGGGGAGAACCCAGAACUGCACAAGAUUGAGUUUGACUUCAGGGGGAGAGAGUUUGAGAAGCAGUUUGCUUGUGUCUAUAAGCAUAAACCAAAAGACAAGGGUGUAUUUGGGAAGGUGUUCGUAGAGCGACUGGUUCAGCCUGGAAUCGUUGAACCUCUCUUUGAAUUCAACCUUACCAAGAGUGGUCAUGAAGCUGAGACCAUUUUGGAGUCGACAGACAGGUGGUCGUUGUUGGCAGUCAAAGAACUUGCAAGUAUGUUGAACAUCACCAAUGAUGAAAACUGGAAAGUGUUUGCAAAGCACCUUGGCUUCACCAAUCAUGAAGUCAACCACAAGCUGGCCUAUACAGCAGAUCCAUUUGCGUUCAUGUUGGGCGUGUAUCAGAGUCGUGGGGGCACACCGGAUGAGUUUGUGCAGUCUCUCUAUAAAGUUGGGCGUGAGCUACGGAUGAAUGCGACUGGUGUGCCACUGAAGGAGCUGGAUCAGAUUGGAUUCACCCUGAAGAGUGGCCUUGCCAAGAGUCGCUUCAGCAAUAGCACCAUGGAGGAGGGUGAGAACAGUGAUGGAGACGACUAUGAGGAACCAAUUGAGGAUGUUGUGAAGAAAUUGGGGUCACACAAAUCUUCAACUCCCAAGAGAAAGAGAUCAAGUCGAGCUGGCUCAUCUGAAAGAUCCAUCACGAAGAAACGACGCCUAUCUCUAAAUUCCUCUGAGCACCUCAGUGACAUCUCAGUCGAAGAUGAGAGUUUCUUUGUUAAUAAACAGGAAAUGGACGAUUCAGAUCUUUGGCGUUUGUCUCAAGUGUUGUUACAAAGUUGGAAAAACCUUGGACGUGCUUUACGGAUCCCUGAGGAGGACCUUCUGAGCAUUGAGCACAGUCACAAGACUGAAGCAAGGGAAUGUGCCUAUCAGAUGCUCUUGAAAUUCAAGUGUCGUUAUCCUAACAAGUGUCGCUAUGGUUACCUGUACCGCAUUCUCUGUGAAAAUGGUCUGAAGGGGGUUGCCCAGAAACACUGUAAACCUGCCCCAGAAUCGGAUGAUGAAUGUCAGUAAUUGGGGGAUGGUUGUAAACUGCCAAUUCUCCAAUACACUCCAUUGGUUGUCGAAAGUUAUCAACAUUUUCUUGCUCUUGCUUGUACAAGUUGGUUUAGAAACAAGCACUCUUUGUGAAAUUGCAAAAAAAGUUGAUGACUUAGGAUGAUCAUUCUUCUUGCCUUUGUAAACUCACAUAAUAUGCAUUUUAACAGUUUAUACUAGCCAUGGAUGAAGCAUUUUUAAGUAUUUACAUUUUACCCCAGAAGAAAUCUUGCUCAAUACUCAAGUUAUACUUAAAUCAUCUCCAGAAAAGAAAUUUCUGGUAGUACACACAUGUUGUUCUUGGUCCUUAUUGCAUUUUCCUUAUU